UCAAAAAAACUCAUUUCCUUCCAAAAAAAAAGCUCUCUCCUUCUCUAUCAAAUCUAGUCUGAAUCGAAGAAUGGGCUAUGAACUUCCUCCUGGUUUCAGAUUCCACCCAACAGACGAGGAGCUUAUCGUCUACUACCUUCGCAACCAGGCCAUGUCGCUGCCCUGCCCUGCCCCCAUCAUACCCCAACUGAACAUCUACAAAUUCGAUCCAUGGGAACUACCUGGGAAAUCAGAGCUCAGUGAGGGAGAGUGGUACUUCUUCACCCCUCGUGACCGCAAAUACCCAAACGGCUUGCGGCCCAAUAGAGCAACCGCGUCUGGAUACUGGAAGGCC